UCGCCUGCACAGGCGCACGUGGGUUGCUCAGAGUAAGGAAGACUGGGAAGCCUGUCUACGCAGGGAAGACUGGGCUUUACACUUCACUCUAAGCCGUAUUUUAGGCAAUGGGCAAGAACAAGGCAAAAGGUCAGAAGCAAAUGAAUGUAUUCCACGUGGCCAACAGAAAAAUAAUGAAAGCUAAGAGUAAAACAAAGCCAGUGACAACCAGUUUGAAAAAGAUCAAUAUUGUGAAUGAUGAGAAAGUUAAUACAGUGAACAAAGUAUUCACAGAAGUUCAAAAAGAAGUUAAACAAUUGUCAAAGGCGAUUGCAUCAAACUCUUCAAAGCGAAUUCAGGUUCCAAAGACCAUGGAAGGUGAACCAGCCAACGUGGAGGCUGCUGCUAACUUAUUGUCUCAGUUGUAGUGCAAAAGGAUGUGUCUACAUCAAGGUUCCAUCUCUGGUAUAAAGUGGAAGAGAUAGCACACACCAGCCUCAAACUGAUUUCUGUGAUUGCAAAAUUGUCAGGAAAAAUAGGAAUAUCCAUGGUGGAAUUGGAAAUCUACACAGCACAAGAUCUUGUAAUUAAUCAUCAGGCAAGCAAGAGAUAUUCCACAAAUUCUUGAAGACCAAACAUGUUUCUAUUGACUACAGUGCAAAAGAAGAAGAGGCAGCUAUGGCUUCAUCAGGCCCAGAAGCAAAUGAAAGACCGGACAGAAGCUCCUCCCCAUUGCCAAUCUGAUUUAUUCAUAUUGUUAGCCUGAAGGCAAGAAACUGUCAAAUUAACAAUUUGUAUGCCAAACUUUGUAGUUGAAGAGUGGGAUAAAAAUAUUCUAAUAGAAAUGUGGCUAGGUUUUCACAAGGGAAAUCAUUGCCCAUGCUAAACAUGUGAACGAGAAUUGAAAUGUGUUUAAUAGAGAAGAAAUAAGGAGGGGUUAUUCACUUCAAAUUGCAAUUUCAGUUUUUUUAAAAAUCUUCCAACUUGGUGCUGUAUUGCAUUGAGAAAACAGAAAGUAUAGUUUUGCCAGGCUGGGGAAGGCUGCUUUAGAAAUACGCCUGUUCUCUAAUAUGCAUGAUAUGAUUUAAUAUUUUUAUCUUGUUACUGGUAAAGGAAUUCACAAAUA